AGAGUCUGAUCAUGCUUCUCGCUGUCGGAGUUCUCGCAGGAUCAGCUGUUGGAAUUUACAUUCUAGUACAAUAUUUCAUGAAGCCCGUCAUUUAUCAAGAUUCCGUUCCUUUACAAGAUGCUGAGGUGACGGCUCGAUGCAAUGACACAGACAACGAUGUCACUGCCAUGCCACCUAAAAAAGUAUCUUUCAGAAUAAACACAGAAAACUUCUUGUUGGAAGUGCAGGUGGAAGACAGACAAGAAUGGCUCCUGACUUGUCACGAGAGAUGGAACUCAACCUGGGGGACUUUUAUAUGCAGACAUCUGGGAUACAUCAGACUGUUGCACCAUAAAGGUGUGAACAUGACAGAUGCCAAGUUAAAUCAAAGCCAGGAGUUUGUACAAGUCCCACUAAGUCAGACCACUGGAACGGAGCACACGUGGCAAAUCAGGUAUGGUUGCAUCUCUGGUCAUAUUGUCGCCCUAAAGUGUUCAGAAUGUGGAUCUCGCUCUAAAGCUUCCCGAAUUAUUGGGGGAAGUGAUGUUGCACUAGGUCGUUGGCCAUGGCAGGUCAGUCUAUAUCUUAACAACAGACACGUCUGUGGUGGCUCUAUCGUGGCUCAUCAGUGGAUCAUAACUGCUGCACACUGUGUACACAACUAUAGGUCUCCACAGUUGUCCAGUUGGUCUAUAUAUUCAGGCAUGGUCAGCCACAGUUCCAUGAGACAGAACACACCAGCUUCCACCGUAGAGAAGAUCAUCCACCACCAGAAGUAUGAGGAACGGAGCCAUGAUUAUGACAUUGCAAUGAUGAAACUGGAAAAACCGUUAAAUUAUUCAGACAGCGUGCGCCCGGUGUGUCUACCUCAGUAUGACCAAGAAUUUGCAGCCGGUACAGAGUGCUGGGUCUCAGGAUGGGGCCACAUUCACCCGGACAGCUCUCACAUGCCUCGGAGUCUGAAAGAAGCAAUGGUUCCCAUUAUUAGCACAAAGAAAUGCAACAGCUCUUGCAUCUACAAUGGUGAUAUUACUCCAAGAAUGCUUUGCGCAGGAUACUUGGAUGGCAAAGUUGACGCCUGCCAGGGAGACAGUGGUGGGCCCUUAGUAUGUCAGACAGACUACACAUGGCGCUUGGUUGGAGUAGUGAGUUGGGGAAUGGGUUGUGCUGAGCCCAAUCGUCCUGGUGUAUACACCAAGAUAGUAUCCUUCUUGGAUUGGAUCCAUAACAUCAUCGAGGAUGAUUAAAGGAAGUGCUCCAGGGACUACAGAAACUCCAGAAACGGGCGCACCUAUAACACCGAAUUAGGGUCAAGCGUGUAGGUUAGAAUAUCUUUCAAGUGGUUCAAACAUACUGAAUGUUGCAGCAGAGAUAUCCACAAAAGCUUGGCUUGAAAAAGUUUGUAUACCAAACCUGAUUUGUACACAUUACUUACCUGCAGCAGGUAGGAGGCAAAACUGUGACUUGCCAACUGUUGUUGAUGCCAAGCUAAUAAGAGGUGGCCUGUGGUAACAGGGUUUAUAGGGAACAAAAUAUAGAAGACUCACUGGCAUAUCAUGAGCCUUGCCAAGAAUAUGAGUAGUACAGUCAAGCUAAUGCCAUUGUACUAUGCUAUAAUCAAACUCUAAAUCCCACUUUAAUAUUAUCUGUCUAUAUAUCUAUAUCUAUGACUUAAUGACAGAUUUCUUAGCAAAAAUCA